AUGUCCCUAUCCCAGGUGAUCCAGUCUCAGGUGUCCCUGUCCCAGAUGUCCCAGUCCCAGGCGUCCCUGUCCCAGGUUUCCCAGUCCCAGGUGUCCCUGUUCCCAGUGUCCCAGUCCCAGGUGACCCAGGUGUCCCAGUCCCAGGUGUCCCAGUCCCCGUGUCCGGCUGAGACCAAGGGAACCCCGCAGCUCUGUGCCCUCAGCAGCAGGUGGCUGGGAGCCCCCCUGGAGCAGUUGCCCACCCCGGCGCUGACCCUGGACCAGGCGACGCUGCGGCACAACGCCGAGCGCAUGCGGGAGCGCUGCCGGGCCCUCGGCCUCCGCCUGCGCCCCCACGUCAAGACCCACAAGACGCUGCGGCAGGCAGGCGUGCCGUGUCCCCAGGCCAGCAUCGGCUCCACGCCGUCCUGCAGCCACCCGGUGCCGGAGAUGGCCCAGCUCACCGAGCUCCACCCGGGCAACUAUCUCUUCUACGACCUUCAGCAGACCCAGCUGGGUUCCUGUCGCCCGGAGGAGGUGGCCAUCCGCGUCCUGACCAGGGUCAUCGGUCACUACCCCCACCGCAAGCAGCUGCUGGUGGAUUGCGGGUGGGCAGCCCUCAGCCUCCACGGCCGGGACCAGGCGCCCCUGGGCUGCGCCGCCAUCGAGGGGCACCCCCAGCUCAGGCUGGUGGGGCUGACGCAGGAGCACGGGCAGGUGGAGGCCAUCGAUGGACGGUUGGAUUUCGAGCGCUUCCCGUUGGGCAGCACCCUGGCUCUCAUCCCCUUCCACGCCUGCGCCACCGCCGCCAUGCACCCUGUCUACUACGUCCACGCCGAGGGGAAGGUGGUGGAGCUCUGGCACCCCGUCCGCGGCUGGUAG